UCAAAAUACACUGCUAAAUAGGAUCAUCAAAAAUUCAAAAUACAUUACGUGAGAAGGAUAUUCCAGGUUUAGAUAUAUGUAUGUACAGAUUUUCCGGAUCAGAGACUCGUCGCCGGUACUCUACUCAUCGGCGUCUCCUUAAACCCGAAAUGUGUUUUCUCUCCCGUGCGAAAACCCUAAAACGCUUCCCGGUUUGACUCUCUCUGUUAUUUCAAACAUUCUCACUUUCUUUCUCUCUCUAGGUCUUUCUCUCUAUCUGUUCUUAAUCAUAUAUACAAGUGUGUAUCUCCCCGGUGAUUUGCCGCUUGGUUUUAGUUUUUUCGAGUCGGAAUCGGGCUGCUUUUUGCUGGUACUCAACAAUGCUUGCAGAGAACCUAGUUAGCUCACCAACACAGUGCCAACAAUUGAAUGUAUCAUCCUCUUGUCAGGAGCACUUACAAAUUCAACACGAAGAAGGAACUCAAGAUGAUUGGAUGUCUGAGGAUGAAUCAGAGUCAGAGGAAGUGCAUUGGGUAGAUGAAAUUUACAGUGAACAGGAGCUGCAGGAUGACGAUGAUGAUGAAGAUUUUGUUGCAACAUUUGAAGAGACCGAGUGUUAUAUGGAUGAUGAGACAACUCUGUCGGAGGAGGAAGAGCUAGCAAAGGCAGAGCCAAAUGAUGUGAAGAAUGAGAUUGCUCUGUUGGAAAUGGAUCGUAAGAUUCCUCUAGCUGAACUAUUUGCAUGGUAUAAAGAGGUAUGUGCAAUGGACGGAGAUGAGGAUGAGGAUGAGGAUGAGGAUGAGGACGAGGACGUACCUGUUGUCGCCAUUGAGCAGCCACGAUCCGAUCGCGUCACCACGGCUGAGCCGCUGCCAUCUGACCACGCAGCGGUCGAGCCCAACUUAGCCGCUGAGCUCCUGGAUAUGGUCGCAUCAUGUGUGUCUUAUGAGGAGCUCAUGCGCCGAUUAAAGGCCCGUCGUGUUCCUGUCGCGAAGAGGCAAAAUACCGGUGAAAGUAGCCGGGCACAUCUUAUGCCUCCACCGAGCUCGGCCUUCACUUCUGUCGACCUUUCCGCUCGAGUUGUUGAGCCUAUGGUGGAAAUUUUGGCACCGACCCUUCCUGCACCGGCCACUUCAGCACAUUGGGCCGUUGACCUCCCCCCUACGGCAUCCCUUAUGCGAGGCGAAAUUCCGAUCGAUGCAUUGGUGCGGAGUCUCCUCCUUCCCCGCGACUCGAAGUUAUAUGAGGGCAACCCCGACUUUCCCCUGUGCUUGAGAGUCUUCUUCGCCAAGUCGCCAUGGAUGAUACUUUGAGGGCUACUCGGGCUCGUCUAGAGGCCGAGAGGAAGGCUAGAUCCGAGCUGGAAAUGAAGUGCGCGAUGUUAAAGAGCCGGCUCCGGGUGCUAGAUGCGAAGCAUGUGGCGUUGUGCACCAAAUAUUCCGAGUUGGAGGUGCAGCGCGCCAACGAGACCAAAGAGCACGAAGAGGCUCUUACUCUGGCCGUGUCUCGUUAUAGGAACUCUGAGGCCUUCAACCAAGACGCAAAGGCUUAUUCCACAGCCCAUAUGGAGGAGCUUGUCACUAGUUGGAUCACCACUGAUGCCGGUAGAGAGCGCAUAGCAGUUGAGGGAGAGCUAUUGUAUGAUGUGGGCCAAUACACGAUGCAACGUGACAUUUACACAGUCCUUCGUCGCCGAGAUAAAGCCUUUGAUCCCGUGCCUUGGGGUCUUCCUGCUGAGCUUGAGAACCCUGACCACGCAGCCUCGGUCAAGCCCAUGGAGGUCGCUGAUGGUGUCGAAACCUGCCCAAAUUCUCUAUGCAAUUCAACAACCAACUUCUCCCGCUAUGAGGAGGACCUGUUCCCUGAGCUUCACUAUGAUCCCUCGGCUGCUACUCUCUCUUUGGAUCAAAUUCGCAUAUCUGAGGGCAACCAUGCCCUUUUGCUAGCGGCUGAGGAAGGGCAAGCCGUCUGUCCACCUCGUGAGACUUGGUAGCUAGUUUCCAUUUCUCUUUGUUUUGUGUAUGUUGAACAAUUAUGUCUUUUGCUUAUUUUGGUUUAUGACAUUGCUCGUUCGCUUA